GAAAAUUUUUAGGUCCUGAUGCAGUAUCAGUCAGAUUUAAAAUAUUCUAGAGAACGUAUAAUGGUUUUUUUCUUAUCAAAUUUAUUGCAAAUUCAAUAUUUAUGUAAUUGUAGAAACUUAAACAUCGUAACAUACUGAAUACUUUGCUAUUACUGUGUGCGUUUUAAUUAAAAAUUGUACUCAAAUUUUCAAGUGUUGUGCGCAUGACGGUGGAAUUAAAACCAAACUAAAUUACUUAUCGUAAACUUUAUACAUUUGCACGUAAAACAUAUAAAAUAAUAAUAUUGACGAAAAUAACCAAGUAAUUUGACUAAAAAAUUUAUUGAGCUUACAUUUAAAACAUACUUGCUAUAGUGCGCUUUAAUAUAAAUUCUAGUGUGCAGGAUUAGACAGGAAACACAUACAUAAGAAACUAGCUUGAAUUGCCCUAAAGCGAUAAACCGUUGGUCUCUAAAUGUAGGAAAUCUAAACAAUUUUGCGGCAAUGUAUUUAUCAGAAUUUCCUAUCUUCCCAUUAGUAUUGCUACUGUGGUUAUGUUCUGGAAUGUGUGGAAUAACAAAAUUCAAAAUGGAAAAACGUUCAGAUGGAAAUGCAGAACUUGCUAAAAUUUCUUUUGAUCAGUUUGAUGUAAAUAAAGGUACAAAACUGAAAUCAGGUGGUAAUUUUGAACACUUUAAAAGUUUUAAUGAUUCGGAUGAUCACCAGUUACUAAAUCUCCUUCGAAAAAUGUCGUCUAAGUUUAACACGGAUCCAAAAGUGUCAUCUUAUCAUAAAGAAUUAAGUCGUACGGUUCCUAUCGAUCCAACCAUGUUAACUAAAACCAUAAGCCCAGAUGGUAUGAAUCAAUAUGAAAUUCCAAAAUUUCGUAAUAUUGGCGCCCAAAGGAGCCUUAUUGAGAAUACGGACUUGAAGGAUAUUGAUCGUUUUAGUACACGAGGGGAUGAUGGAUUUAUUGCGGUUAGCACCAAUAACCAGAUGCCUUUAAAAGUAAAUUUAGCUGUCCUGGUUCAGGAUGAUCCGAGUCUAUCUGGUCAAACCUACACAAAUUGUCCCAGCCAAAAUGAGUCCAACGUGAAUGCUUGCAAAAAAAUCGAAGACAUUAUGCCUAAGCUACAAAAAGACUGCGAAAAAAUGGGAUCACAUGUUAUGUGUCCCCGAACAUUCCGUUGUAUUAGUAAGUAUUGGUUGUGCGACGGUGAUGAUGACUGUGGAGAUUAUUCGGAUGAAACACAUUGUGGGAUUCGAACCAAUUGUACAGAUGAUCAAUUUGAAUGUCUAAAUGGAUUUUGCAUUCCGAGUACGUGGCAAUGUGAUGGUGAAAAUGACUGCAAAGACUUUUCUGAUGAAGCACAUUGUAACAAAACUAGUUGUACUGAUGAACAUUUCACAUGCCUUGAUGGAUUUUGCAUAUCCUUGGCUUUUAGAUGCGACGGUGAGCCCGAUUGCAUUGACAACUCAGAUGAAAAUAAGUGUGCUGCGGUGAUGAAUAGCUGUCCAGACGGUGAAUUUAAAUGCCGUGGGGGGCUUGGUGGUUCUGGCGGUCCUAGUGGACACUGCAUUCUAAACCGUUUCCGGUGUGAUGGGGAUAACGAUUGCGGAGACUGGAGUGAUGAAGAAAACUGUUCUCGAAAGCCAUCGCUAUGUACGUCGAAUGAAUACAAAUGUGCAGAUGGAACUUGUAUUCCGAAACGCUGGAAAUGUGAUAAGGAACAGGAUUGCGAUGGUGGUGAAGAUGAGAAUGACUGUGGUACCGUAAAUUCAGGUCACUCAUUAUCGUGCGGAAAUGAUGAAUUUACUUGUAAGAAUGGACGUUGCAUUUUGAGAACAUGGCUUUGUGAUGGAUAUCCAGAUUGUAUAUCCGGCGAAGAUGAGGUGGAGUGUCACUUACAGUGCGACUUAGGUCAGUUUUUAUGCCCGACAAAAAAAAAUGAAACCAAUCACAAAAUAUGUGUUCAUCAAAAACAUAUCUGUGAUGGCUAUAAAGAUUGUCCCUCUGGUGAGGAUGAAUCAAACUGUCCUAAGCAACAAAAGUGCUUAGAGGCUAUGCAAUGUGAACAAAUUUGUAUAAAAACCAGUUUGGGGAUAGAUGAAUGUGCUUGUCGACUAGGAUAUCUCAUGGAUCAAAAUCGAGUUAACUGUACCGAUAUAGAUGAGUGUCAGUACCUAACUAGUCCAGUUUGUUCUCAAAAAUGCCAUAAUACUAUAGGCUCUUUUAUAUGCUCAUGCGAAACGGGGUAUAUCCUUCGACCAGAUCUCCGAUCUUGCAAAGCAUUGGGUGGUGCCAUGACUUUGUUAGUAGCUAACAGAUGGGAUAUUCGCAGAGUUGCACUUAGCAAUAAUCGUUAUUCAGCUGUAGUCAAAGGCUUACACAAUGCCAUUGCAUUAGACUUUCAUUAUCGCAAGGGUCUUAUAUUUUGGUCCGAUGUAUCCACCGAUAUUAUAAAAAUGGUAUACAUAAAUGGCACCCGAGUUCGUGACGUUAUUAAAUGGGGAUUAGAGUCUCCAGGAGGCGUUGCCAUUGAUUGGAUUCAUGAUUUACUCUUUUGGACCGAUUCUGGAACAAGACGGGUUGAGGUAUCCAAUUUUCAAGGAAAUUUUCGGACUGUUAUUGCAUCUUACGAUUUAGAUAAACCUCGUGCUGUUGUUGUACACCCAGGCGAAGCCUUAGCCUUCUGGAGUGAUUGGGGACCAUACCCAAAAAUAGAACGUGCUCACAUGGAUGGAACGGAAAGAAAAAUUAUAAUUUCAAAAGGUGUUACUUGGCCAAAUGGCCUUGCAAUAGACUACCCAAGUAGCAAAAUUUAUUGGGCUGAUGCCAAACAGCAUGCCAUAGAAUUUUCAAAUUUAGAUGGAUCCGAUCGAAAUAAAAUACUUAGCACCCAUUUACCACAUCCAUUCGCCAUGACUAUAUUUGAGGAUACAAUGUAUUGGACGGAUUGGAAUACAAAGACGGUGUCUGCAGCUAAUAAAAUAUCAGGAAAAGAAUUUAGAGCGAUAGAUGAAAUUUUUCGUUUUCCUAUGGAUAUUCAUGCGUAUCAUCCGGCACGUCAGCCUGAUUAUGUAGACCGUUGCCCAAAAGAUCGGAGAGGUUUGCGUGGAGGGUGUUCACACUUGUGUUUACCAAACAAAACAUCUCGCCUAUGUAGCUGUCCAAUUGGUUUAUCCCUGAAGGAAGAUGGAAAAACUUGCAAAAAAACAGGCGAUAAACUUAUAUUAGUCGCUCGUCGCAAAGACAUCCGGUUACGACAACUUAAGAAUAGUGAGGAAGAUCCCUCGAAUGUUGAUAUGAUUAUUCCAUUAGAUAAUUUAAAACAUGCGGUUGCCCUAGAUUGGAGCAGCGAUUCUGACUUUAUAUAUUGGACUGAUGUGGAGCGAAGUACUAUUAAUAAAGCACGUCUUAAUGGCAGUGACCAGCAGCGUGUGGUCCACUCAAAUUUAAUCUCACCUGUUGGUUUAGCAUUGGAUUGGAUUACUGAUAAGCUGUAUUGGACGGAUCCAUCUACAAAUCGAAUUGAAGUCGCUACAACAAAUGGAAAGCUACGAACUUUGUUAAUAUGGGAAAAACUCUACAAGCCCAGGGAUAUUGUUGUCAGCCCAAUUGAUGGACUUAUGUUUUGGUCUGAUUGGGGCGAUGAACCUAUGAUUGAACGUGCAAAUAUGGAUGGCUCUGGACGCCAAAUCAUAUCCUCGAAGAAACUCGUUUACCCAAAUGGACUCGCAAUUGAUUAUGACCAUAGUAGGUUGUAUUUUGUUGAUGGUGGUAUCCACACUUUAGAGAGCAUGAACUUUGAUGGAAGCAGCCGUCAGAUAAUUAUAAAUGGACUCGGACAUCCAUUUGGAUUGGAUGUCAGCGAUGACCGAGUCUAUUGGACCGAUUGGGAUAGCAAGUCAGUAAUGAGUGCCGACAAAUUUAAGGGGAAAGACUUAACUGUAAUCAUAGCUAAUAGUAGCGAUCUGAUGGAUAUACGUGUUUUUCAUCGAAACAGAAGGCGUGUUUCUAAUGUGUGCGAUAUGCAUAAUGGAGGUUGCUCCCACCUAUGUCUUUUAAAUCCUGUGAGCUUUACUUGUGCAUGCGCAGUUGGAGUACACCUAAAGAAUGAUAAGCGCACAUGUUCUGAAGGCCCAAAUAAAUAUAUUAUCUUCGCACAUAGAAUAGAUAUAAGACAAAUAUCUUUAGAUUUUGAUCAUUUAAUCGAUGUGGUUCUGCCCUUACCCCCGAUCUCGAAUGCGGUAGCAUUAGAUGUCGACAAGAAAACGGGUAAUAUUUUUUGGUCUGACACUAUUGAGAAUGUUAUAAUGAGAUCCAGUCCUGAUGGAUUAAACGUACAUAAAAUUGUUGGAGAAAGCUUAGAAAAUCCAGAUGGCUUGAUUGUUGAUUCGAUUGGUCGCAUGAUUUAUUGGGCAGAUGCCGGACGUCACACAAUAGAGGUCGCCAACCUUGAUGGAAGGAAUCGUCAUAUAAUAGCUUAUAAAGACCUUGAGUCACCACGUGGCUUGGCUCUUGAUUACGAAAUUGGUCUCUUAUUCUGGACCGAUUGGGGACAUUAUCGUAAAAUUGAAAGAUCCCAUUUAGAUGGAAAUGAAAGGUCCCGUAUUGUUACCGCAAACUUAGGGUGGCCAAAUGGAUUGUCACUUGACUUAAAAAGCAAGCGAAUAUACUGGGUGGAUGCACUUCUUAAAAGUAUUGACUCAUGUGAUUACACAGGAAACCAACGCAAGCUUAUCUUGUCUUCCUUGCACCAUCCAUAUGCCUUAGCUGUGACUGAAGACAGUAUUUAUUGGACAGAUUGGAAGUCUAAAGCCCUUCACAUGACAGAUAGGCGUAACACCAGUUCAAGGCAUGAUGUUAUGACGAAUAUCGAAGGAUUAAUGGACAUUAAAGUUAUUUACAAAAAUCAACAAAAUAUUGAAAAUGUUUGCGGUCAUGAUAAUGGAGGAUGUUCCCAUCUUUGUUUACGUAAUCCAUCUGGUUACACGUGUCAAUGCCCUAUUGGACUUCGUUUACUAAAAAACAGUACAACACAGUGCCAAAGUCUUCCUGAUGACUAUCUUCUUAUUGCACUGCGUUCAGGCAUUGGAAUGAUUUCUUUAAAUUCUGGCGAUUACAUGGAUGUGGUUUUACCAAUAAAUGGAGUUCAUGGAGCCGUCGUACUUGACUACCACUACCGUAAAAAUAUGCUUUUUUUUGCCGAUGUCAAUUUAGAUGUCAUUCGAAAGGUCAAUUUAUUGAAUUUAACUGAAAGCAAGGUAAUCAUAAGUACUGACGUGCUUACACCUAAUGGAAUUUCCGUCGACUGGGUUGCAGACAAUAUAUACUGGUCCGAUACAGAUCGAAAACUAAUCGAAGUAGCACGACUCGAUGGACGUUUUCGUAAACGACUAAUAGAAGAUGAUUUGGGCGACCCAAGAUCACUUAUUGUAUAUCCAAAGAAAGGGUAUUUGUUUUGGUCUGAUUGGAACUCGCCUUCGAAAAUAGAACGCAGUUUUUUGGAUGGAUCCAACCGAACAAUAAUCGUUACUUCUGGAAUAGGGUUUCCAACUGGUCUCACAAUUGAUUUUGAAAACCGUAGAUUACUUUGGGCCGAUGCCUUAGAGGAUAACAUUGGUCAAGUGGAUUUUAACGGAAGACGCCGCAUGACCAUUGUGCCAUAUGCACCUCAUCCUUUUGGUCUUACCUUGUUCGAAAACAACUUGUUUUGGACAGAUUGGUACAAUAAGUCUGUAUACCGCUCACAGCGCUUGCCACGUAAUGGAUAUGGAAAUCCAUUAGAGGUGCGUGAUGCCCUUAAUGGGGCAUUAGACAUACGAGCCGUUUCAUUUAGUCGCCAGCCUAAUAUUGUAAAUUUCUGCUCUCAUGAUAAUGGCGGGUGCUCCCAUCUUUGCUUACAUCGAGGAUUGGAUUACGUAUGCGCUUGUCCCGACAAGAUCGACCCAGACGACAUGGAAUGUUCAUUGAGACCAAAAUUUCUUGUGAAUGAACGUUUGGAAAACCAUCAGAUGGCCGAAUACUCAGAUGAGUCGCCCGAUGAUGCAACUCCAGCUGUACAUGAAAAAAAUUUAAAAAAAAACGAUGACCAUACGAAGCACUCUGACACUCAACGGGAAUUCUUACUAUUAGUGGCACUAGGCGUGGUUAUUGUCAUGGUUUUCAUUGUUAUUCUUGUCAUUUUUAUGCUUGCCUUUACAACCAAAAACAAAACAACACGCAAUUCACGCGAAUCCAGCCGAUCUGUUUUAACUUUUUCAAAUCCGAAUUACAACAUAGAUGGUACACCAAUGGAACCAAAAACAAAUAUAUGGAAGAGAUUUAAAUAUGAAAAGCCACAUGGUAUUAUAAUCUUGUCAGAAAAUGUGCAUCACGGUUAAAGGUUAACCAGCUGGAAUUCCAUAAACAAUUUAUGCUUGGAUAGUCGAUCAGUCUCUUGGCUCGUGUUACAGGCCUUACGCACGCGUAUAAUUCUAAAAAGAACUAUAUCUUACAGCUUCCAUGUAUCACAAUAAACAAAAAUUUAAUAAUAUUUAUUUUGUUUUUGAAUUUAAAAUAUUUUAAAACAUGGCAAAUGGUAAUUUUAAUAAGAUAAGAAAAUCUAUUAAAAAAACUCUCAAUAAAAUUUAAGCU